UGGAAUUCACCCGGAACAUUCCUGACUCAAACGUUACUAACGAGCCCAUCCCAUCCCCUUGUCUUCCGGAAAAGUGAAUAGGAAAAAAAACACAGACAACUUUGAACUGCGCUUGCUGCGGGGUUGUGAGACGUGCUGAAAACGCUAUGAAGAUUCAACUGUGUGUCACGUAUGUGUCCCGUUUCAUUUGAAGUUAUGUUCGAUGUACCCUGGUCUGCGUCACAUGAGUAGACACACUUACUUAUCCCUAGAAAUUUAAGGUUUCACUUUAAAAGCAUCGGUUGACGCGCAUGCACCGUGGCUCGCUGAGGAAGCGACAACGCACAGAUGCGUGAGCGUUGAUGGCAAACUCCGAAGGUGAAGCAAGAGAACUUCCAAGUCUCCAAAAUGUACUAGUUUCCACCUCGCCUUCUCCAUCUUCCGAACGCCCGCCGCCCUCUCUCCCGCCGCCAUGAAUGCCUCCGCCCGCCCCCCCAACGAGACGACCCCCUUGUGCUUCUCCAUCAACAGCCCGCCGUUCAACUACAACACCACCAUCCCCUCCGCCUACUUCUCCGCCAUCUUCAGCACCCUGGGCCUCAGCUCCAACCUCAUCGCCUUGGUGGUCCUCCUCAAGUCCUUCCAGCGCACCCACAGCCGAUCGCGCUCCUCCUUCCUGAUCUUCCUCUGCGGCCUGGUGGUGACGGACUUCAUGGGCUUGCUGGUGACGGGCGCCAUCGUGGUCACCUUCUACGUCACGCACUUCAACUGGCGCCGGCUGGACCCCCACUGCCACUUCUGCAACUUCAUGGGCAUGUCCAUGGUCUUCUACGGCCUGUGCCCGCUGCUGCUGGGCGCGUCCAUGGCCGUGGAGCGCUUCGUGGGCAUCAACCGGCCCUUCGCCCGCUCGGCGAGCAUGUCGAAGAGUCGGGCGGCGGCCAUGGUGAUGAUGGUGUGGGUGUUCGCCGGCGCGGUGGCUCUGCUGCCCCUGUCGGGCGUGGGAAGCUACCACAUGCAGUUCCCGGGCUCCUGGUGCUUCCUGAACAUCAGCUCUGAGGGCAGCGACCUGCUGUUCUCCCUGCUGUUCUCCACGGUGGGGCUGCUGUGCUUGGGGGUGUCGUUCGUGCUCAACACGGUCAGCGUGGUCACCCUCGUCAAGGUGUGCUGCGGGCAGGACGGCAUGCAGCGCCGGCGCGACUACGAGGUGGAGAUGAUGGUGCAGCUCAUCCUCAUCAUGGUGAUCGCCUCCAUCUGUUGGUGCCCCCUGCUGGUGUUUAUUGCGCAGACUGUGCUGUCGGGAACCCGACUCAAAGUCCCCCUCCUGUUGCUCUGUCUCCGAUUUGCCACCUGGAACCAGAUCCUGGACCCCUGGGUGUACAUCCUGUUCCGCAGAGCCGUUCUCAAGCGCAUAUACCCCCGCAUGGACUGGUCCAGGGGCUCCAUCAUGAGCCUGUACCCCUCCUUCAGUGGCACCCUGCGCAGGCUCACCCGCUCCUCCCUGGGGGGCGCUCAGGAGGCCGACCCCGGGGGAGGGAAGGUGGAAGGGAAGGGUCCACCCCCUUCUCUGUAAUUUGGUUGAAUCAGGGGGUUUCCAGCCCUCUUCGUGGAAAGCUACCUGCCUAUAGGAUAAAGCUCAAAUCACACGUCGCAACAAACCUGAUUCGGCAAAUCGACCAGCCAGUUAUUAGUAUCAGGUGUGCUAGAUUAGUGUCAAAGCGAAAAAACCACAGGCAGGUACCUCUCCAGGAGCAGGGUUGGAGACCCCUGGUUUGAAUGAUCUGGCCGCACUAGCUUUUGGCAACUGAGGGUGAAUUUUGUCGUGAAGGUUAGUGAAGUAUUUUUUUUUUUUUGGGGGGGGGGGGACGGAAAGUAGUAUGUCCCCGUUCAGUUUCGGUCUGUGUAGGCUGUGCUUCUUAAUGAGGGGAGGUCAUUAACUUGGAUUAGACGGUCCCACUGAAAUAAUUGCACUUUUCGGACUGAAAAUCCCUUCUGGUGAAAGCUUCUGCCAUGUGGCAUAUUUUGUUCACGUGUCUUCAGUAUUUCGAGCCAUUCAGCUCGUUAUGAUGGAGAGCUGCAUGCCGUGUUUGACAGCAGCAUCUGGCCCAGAUCACGUGCACUGUUUCUGCGUUCUUCACUGUCAAACUGAACACCAUCCCUGGGUGGCUACCCUUCCAAAGACAACAAGUUUUUGUGUGGGCUCGAGUCCGUUUGACAUUGAAUUCAUUUAGGAGACGCUUUCAUCCAAAGCGACGUAUUAAUAGUUUUCAGCAAGGGGGUGUUGAUAAGGAAAGAGCGUCCACUUGUAAGUCUGGCUGCUCUUUGCCUGACGCUUCGCAGAUGUUCCAUUUCAAGCCAAAUCACAGUUACAGUUUUUGUUCAACUGCUUACACACAAAAUCCUUACUUGUCACACAAGUUCUGAAACCUGACACUCAAACACCAGAACCACACAUCAAAUCUGCAAAGCCAUACGCACAUGUUUGGCCUUUGACUCAGCUUUCAAUUUCAUCAAACACUUUUUGCAAAACACAACACACAGUUUUCCACGUAACACACACAAUUGUAACAGGAAGCAUCUUGAUUUCCUUUUUCAAACACAACCAAAAUGCCACACUAAUUCAUCAGUGCCUCACACUAACUCCUCACACAUGUGCAAACACUCAUUGCUUUUCUCAACACCAACCAAAUUUAGAAUAGGCCUAUAAAUAGCCUAAUUUGAGUUGAUUUACAGUGGUGGGUAUAAUUUGAACAUUUCCUGUAGAAAUGAGGGAGAGUGAGGAUGAUAGGGGAAGCCCGUGGAUGAAGGGUGGUAGGGAGAGGUAGACCUGGAAGCCGUGGAAGAAUGGGGCCAAAUUUAACAACAUUGGUUGACCAUGUUGUGAACCAUGGGGAAACAUUAAGAGAGGACAGUGUUCAGCCCAACCUCAGCAGAUAUACUGUUGCAACAGUCAUUUUGACAUUUUGACAAGAGCACAGGUGAAAACGACUUUUCUUUUCUUUCUACUUUACUGUCUCCAGUACAGUACAGUAAAAUGUAGCCUACUAUAUGCACUACAUCAGUAUUUUUUUUACCCAUUCACUGCAGUCCAUGAUUGUACUGUACUGUAUUUCAUUUGCUGUAUGCUUUUUUUUGUCUCCACAAAUGUAUUAGCUGUCUUUACAGUAUGUAGCAUACUACAGUAUUUGAUUUGAAAUGUGUUCUGAUCUUCUGCACAAAAUGCAACCUUUACGUAGACAAUGUGGAGAGUACAGUUCAUAUUUUCAUCAGUGUGCAGUACUGGUCUUGUGUGUUGUGUUUGGUCAACAUAUUCAUGUACUUUACGUAUUCUACUGCAACAAUAUCUCUGACAAAAUCAAGCAAGUUAUAUCAUUAGAAAAGAACAGUUAUUGUAAAAGUGUUUUAAAUUGUGUGCAAUAGUGUGUAACUGGUUCAAACAGAGUCCAAUGUUAUGAACCAUGUCUGUGGCAUACGGUGACAGAAUUGGGUUUAUAUACAUGAUUGUAUAGCAGACAUCCCAACCUGCAGAGAUUCAUUUCUGGGAGGUGGCUUCCCCCCCCCCCCCCUCCCCGGGACGCAAUCAGGACGCGCGAUAUGCACCUGUUUCGACCAUAAAUUACCAUUGUACAGUCUCGCGCUCGCUCUAAAUACAAAAUCCCCGAAUUCCGGGAGAUCGUAUAGCAUUUGCGGGCGUCCGGGAGCUGUUGCGGGAGACUGAUGGAAAUUCCGGGAGACUUGGGAUGUCUGGUAUAGUUUUGAACGAAGUGUUUCAUUUUGCACAAGAUUGGAGGUGUUCUGAUACUUGUGUGUCUGGUUGUGUGAAUCGUGUGUUGUGUUUUGAAAGAGUGAGCCCCGUUUUCAAAAUUGAGCUUACUAAGCAAUUGGAAAAAACUGUAUACACAUACAUCUAUUUUAGCAUCCAUUGACUGCAGUGCACUGCAUGAUUGGUCACAGUCUGGUGUAUUACUCUAUCAUACUGUGCAACAGUACAGUGACUGUAAAAAGAAAUUCUGACAAUAUUGUAGAAAAUAGUAUAUAUUACUGUAUGCUACAGUUCAUGGCACACACACACACCAUUCCGUAAUCACCUUUUUCAAAAUUAGGUUUGGUUUCUGUCCGACUACACUCUUUCUUUUGUAUUGUGUAAUACUGUAUUCACAACCACAAAAGGUUUUGAAUAACUGUGUGUAUAUGAUAUAUUCAAAAAUUUAAUAUUAUCGCAAAGGUGUUUGCAACGUAAGACAAAUGUUUGCUUUUGAAACGUGUUUGUGAUAUUUUGAAAGCAGUGCUUCAAGGCAUGGCAUUUUGCAUCUUUUAUGUGCAAUGCUUAGAUUUGUGUGUAAAGUACAUUUAAAAAAAGAGGGAAAGUCAACCAAAAAAAAGAGGAAAAGUAAAAAAAAAAUGGGUGUAAGCAGUUGAAAAAAACUGUAAUAUCGUGCCUUUUGUACAAAAUUACAAUACUAGGUGCUUUACAAUACAAUGAGAAUACAGCAAUGC